CCACUCCACCUACUGGCUCCUCAUUUCCCUUUCUUUGGAGACUCUUAGUAAUGAACCAUGUACUGUGAUCCCAUUGUCUUUGAUUUUUUUUUUUUUUUAAAGCCAGGAGACAGCUUUUGAGAUAUCGAGGACUUCAAUCAGGUUAUGAGAAUGUGGUUGUGCCUUGUAGAAGAAGGAAGAGAUCCCGAGAGCCCUGAAUUAGGAGCCAGAGGCUGUCUCAUCUUGCCCUUGUGACUUAACUUCUAUGUAAUAGUCCAGCAAAUCAGUUAACCUCCUCUGGGCCUCCAUUUUCUUUCUGAUAUGAGAAAUGAGUGUUGGACGCCGAAGAAUAAAGUUGCUGGGUAUCCUGAUGAUGACAAAUGUCUUCAUUUAUUUGAUUGUGGAAGUCACCAAAAACAGUAGCCAGGAAAAAAAUGGAAAGGGGGAAGUAAUAAUACCCAAAGAGAAGUUCUGGAAGAUUUCUAGCCCUCCGCAGGCAUACUGGAACAGAGAACAAGAAAAGCUGAACAAGCGGUAUAACCCCAUCCUGAGCAUGCUGCCCAACCAGACCGGGGAAGCUGAUGGGGUUUCCAACAUAAGCCACCUGAAUUACUGUGAGCCCGACCUGAGGGUCACAUCUGUCGUUGCAGGGUUCAGCAAUUUGCCAGACAGAUUUAAAGACUUCCUGCUGUAUUUGAGAUGUCGGAAUUAUUCACUACUUAUAGAUCAACCAGAGAAGUGUGCAAAGAAACCCUUCCUGUUGCUGGCCAUCAAGUCCCUCACUCCACAUUUUGCUAGAAGGCAGGCAAUCCGGGAAUCCUGGGGCAGAGAAACCAAUGUGGGGAACCAAACUGUGGUGCGUGUCUUCUUGCUGGGACAGACUCCGCCAGAGGACAACCACCCUGAUCUUUCAGAUAUGCUGAAAUUCGAGAGUGAGAAGCACCAGGACAUCCUCAUGUGGAACUACAGAGACACUUUCUUCAACUUGUCCCUGAAGGAGGUGCUGUUUCUCAGGUGGGUGAGCACUUCCUGCCCAGACACUGAGUUCGUUUUCAAGGGUGAUGACGAUGUUUUCGUGAACACCCAUCACAUCCUGAAUUACUUGAAUAGCUUAUCCAAGAACAAAGCCAAAGAUUUGUUUAUAGGUGAUGUGAUCCACAAUGCUGGGCCUCAUCGGGAUAAGAAACUGAAGUACUACAUCCCAGAAGUUGUUUACUCUGGGGUCUACCCCCCUUACGCAGGGGGAGGGGGAUUCCUCUACUCCGGCCAGCUGGCCCUGAGGCUGUACAGUGUAACUGACCGGGUCCAUCUCUACCCCAUCGAUGAUGUUUAUACUGGAAUGUGCCUUCAGAAACUCGGCCUCGUUCCAGAGAAACACAAAGGCUUCAGGACAUUUGAUAUUGAGGAGAAAAACAAAAAUAAUAUUUGUUCCUAUGUAGAUCUGAUGUUAGUGCAUAGUAGAAAACCUCAAGAGAUGAUUGAUAUUUGGUCUCGGUUGCAAAGUGCUCAUUUAAAAUGCUAAAAUAUAUCCAAACUAAAUUUUGCAUAGAAAGACAUACUAUCGACAGUUCUAAAUAGAACUUGAAUAGGUCAUAGUUAGAACUUGAAUAGUUCCUAUGUUGUGUUUUCACAAUAGGGUAAUUUCUAUGUGAAACCAUCCAAAUUGCCUUUAUACGUAGUAUCCUUUUGAGGAUUCUUAACCCUUCAACUGGUACUUUCAUGAAGAGGGAAGCGAGAAAGUGGAGUUCAUGGCAGAACAAUUGGUUCUGAUCCUUCCUAGUGACUAAUGGUCCUUGUUUCUAAUCUGUCCCCCUUUUUCUCCAAAAUCGUAAGUUUCUGGAAUGUGACCAUUUUAAGUUAUUUUUGUUUCACUCAUAAGUGAUAAUAUGCCUACUUCUCAUUAUAAUGAUUAUUUCUAAUUCUGGUGUUUAUAAACCUAUUGGCUACAAAGACUUUGUUAUACAGAGUUUAAUUUUUUUUUGAAAUGGAAUCAUGUUCAUUUUCAUGAGAUUUGGAUGAUUUUGUUUUAAUUGUCCAGAAAGUCAACUCUUGAAAUUUUCUGCCACCCCAACAGUAUUUUCCUAUGUUAAUCUAAUUAGUUAAUUUGGUAAAAUGAGAAUCGCUGUGUGAAACUCAUCCAGUUUCUCUUGUGGUCUUAUGGUCAUAAUGAGAGGGAGAAUAUUUCAUUUUUCUUGUAUUUGUUUUGCUGAAUGAUAUCAAAAUAGUAAUCUGACUUUAGUAUUUGAAAAAAUGAGUACAAUUCAUAAUGGCCAAUAGAAGAUUGAACUGCCCUGGCAGCCAUAUUGAGUUUGUGAAUUUUCAGUAUGGACCAGGUAAGCACAUGUAACUUUGGAUAAGAUUGAAGUUGCAGACCUCUUCCUGUGUGGUUUGUCAGCUUAAAACUCCAGGAUUCUAUUCUUGCCAUAUUUUCACAUGUUGCUUAUACAAAAUUAUUCUGAGUAGUGAUCGCUUCCCUGUCUCAGUGUAGAAGUGCCUGUGUUUUUAUUUAUUAUUCAGAUCAAAGACCAAAACAUUUUCUUAAAUAUAUUUUGUGUAAUAUUUUAUUUGUAUACAGUGUUGUCGAUGAAAUAUUUAACUAGAGCAUGAUAUUUUAAAUGUUAAGGUGUAAUAUAUGUUAAAUAAAGCUAACUGUUAUUUUUGAAUUUGAAAAUUCCCUUUUUUGGGGGUAUAAAGUACUAUAGUUGAUAAAAAUUCUGCCAAACUAUUGCUUACAUGUACUAUAUUGUAAUGUGCUCUCUUGAAAUAUUUUUGUGUUUAUAGAGAUAAGGAUUCCUAUUAGAUGGGAUAUUGGAGGCUGUAAGAAAAUUGAAAUAAAGUUGCUGUAUUUUUAAUUGU